UGUUUCCACACACCCUUCUGCCUCCCUGCCAUCCUCUAACUGCUCUGUGGUUCUGUUCAGAGCCAAAGAAACUCACAAGGAGACAAGACCUGCAGACAAAAGCAUCUCUCAGAACAUUUUGAAAAAGGAUCAAACACCAUGCCUUAUGAAAUAGUUCCCAAGAGCAAAGCUCCAGGAGUUGAUUUCUGCGGGGUCGAUGAAUAUUAUUACAUCGUCCGCUCCGACCUGGGCUGCUACAUGAGGUCAACCAAUUUCAAUGAGGGCAAAGACCUAUACGUCUUUAGCCUGCACAAUUCUUGCCAGGGCGGAGAUCACUACUUAGCCGACGAGAAUGAUCGCUUCUACAUCAUCAAAGGAGACAGCUAUCGCCGUGUCACUGAUAUGCACCAGGACGACGAUGCGGUCGUGUUCACCCUCCAUCCCAACUGUCAAGGAGGGGAUCAUUACCUGUCCGCCUUCGGUCACUUCUACAUUAUUUUUCAGGAGAAAGGCAUUUACCGCAAGGUCACUGAUCUGAAUACAGAUGGAGAUGCAGUUGAAUAUACCCUUCACCCAGACUGCAAGAACGGCCUUUAUUACUGGGGUAUUAAAGAUUACUACUACUUUUUAAAACCUCAUGAUCAAUGGGGCAUCCAGUACUUUAGGUGCACCAACUUCCAUGAAAAAGAAGAUCCACAUACGUAUUCCUUCCAUGAAACCGUGGUCCCCUUUCUCCCAGGAGGCCUGGCUGUUGUUCAUGGUGCGUGUUUUGGUAAAUGGGAGGUUAUCAAGACCAUCUCCAAUGAUUCUGACAGUCCCAUCACUUGGAACAAGAAGAUCACUAAGAAGGUGGGAUGCAACAAGUCGAAGAUGAAGUCCGUGGAGAAUCACUGGAAGAUAGGGAUGACUGCCUCAUAUGAGUCUGGAGCCCUUGCUGAAUCAUUGGCCAAGUAUCAGUUCAGCGUUUCCACCGAACAUGGUGGGAGUAGUGUCCAAACCGAGUCGGAAGACUGGAGUGAUGCCACAGAGGUGGAAGAAUCAGUUAAUGUGACCCUGGAGCCCAAAAGCCAGUUGUACAUAUGGCAGUACCAGCUGGGCUUGGGCAGGGAGCCCAUCUUGUUCUGCCGUGACAUGAAGUUUACGAAGGAUGCCACUCCACCCACAACUAUUCCUCUGCCACCUUCUUCUGCUAAGUAAUGGAAAGGCAGGAGUGCUGAAAAGUUUGCUAUAUUGGUUGCUUUUAAUAAAGGUGAGGCCGAUUAAUAAUUAGGAUCUAUAGAAAUCGCAGAGGCUUAGGUGACUUUAGCUGUUAGGUAUGUAGAGAAAGUAGAGCUAAACAUUCAGCUUGGAUGUGAUUAUUUUGAUUAUUGUGUAACUGUUGAGUGUGCCUAACAUUCCUGAGUAGCAUUAAGAUUCAUAGCCAUCACUACGUACAUCUAAUUACCUCUAGAUUAAAGGCUUACAAAUGCUUCAUGUUAUUUGCUUUAUUUACAAAUAUGCUGGUAGGCAAAGUUUUGUGUGAUGGAAGUGGUCCCUUCAGUAUACUUACACAUCUUCAGAUGGACAACUGUUCUUCCCACUCCACCCAUGCCCCAUUUGCUAUAACCUUGCCUUGUUUCUGCUAUACUGUUUAUAAUCUUUACUUUGUUAUCAUGUUGAUCAGCAAAUUAAAUUAAAGCAAGCAUUUCUGGAAAAGAAA